UCAAAAUCUUCUUGUAAUGGUUUCUCAAUGGAAAUAAUCAACGAUUUCCAUAUUUAACAGCAACUGAGCAGCGAAAAUAUGCUGCAGAAUCUCGUAUCAACCGAAGCAACAUUUUGCAAAGAUGAGAAUGAAUCAAGACGUUGUUCGUCGACGUUGAUGCAUUCGGCUGGAAAAGUCGUAAACUCAAUGAACCUUCCGCACUGCUGGGAAUGGACACUGAAGGAGGUUUCAGAGUGGCUCGAACGCGAUGUCGAACUACCGCAGUACAAACUGGCAAUGGAAGUCAAUUUUAUCAAUGGACGACGUCUGUGUCUUCUCGAAGCUCACAAAUUACUCAAAAUGGGUAUUCACGAUUUUGGUCACAUCAAGACGAUAAUGGAGGCGAUUCGAAAGUUAUUUAACAUCGAAAAAGUGAAAUUUAAGCGAAGUAUUAGUCUGCCCAUUAAAUACCCUAUGACUCUAUAUCUUGAAUAUCGUGUUCCCACUGGACCAAUCCGAGAAGAAACAACCCCUACAAAUUUCUUCAAAAAAUGUUCAAUCAUAAACAAUGAAGACGACUGCCGUUAUCGAAAUAAUUCGAAAAGUAGUAAAAGUGAAUUUCCGAUUGUCCGAUUUGGUGGUGUGAAACGUAAAAGUGUCUACACUAGGAUUGAGUUCAAUAGACCCAGUACUACAGUCAAUGUUCAUAGAAAAUUUAUUGAUUUCCUUCUUCAAUUACAUACCUAAUAGACUUACGGGAACUUUCACUCAACUUCAUCUAAAAUUAUGUUAUUAAUAUUAUGAAUAUUAAUGAAGAGAGACUGCACAAUCACAAAACAAAUUAUUCAAAAUUUUAAUACUUUCAAUCCGAAAAUAAAUCCUCUCCGGAUUCGUCACCAGUUUCAUCGACAUGAGGAACUUGCUUGUCGACUGGUUCUUGAGAUGAUGAUUGAGAAAAUUUCAGUACAAAUGAUUCAUCACUAUCGUUAUUCGAUGUACUAAAUGCCUCCAACUCCUGGCCACUACUUUCACAUGUCUUGUUUUCUGCUGGACUGGAGGGUUGAUUUACUUUACUGGGUAAAUCUCCAAAAUCCUCGGAUAUGGAAGCAGCUUUGUGAGUAUUUUCACAUUCAGUUUCACUUUCAUCUGUAGAUUGAUCAUAAACGCCAGAAGGGCCAUUCAAUUUUGCCUUCAGCUCUUUAUUUUUCUUCUUCUUGCUAUUCAGCAAGACAAUAAAUUUCUUGUACAAUUCUUCCUCAAUAUUCUUUUUCAAGUCUAUCAUGGUAUUUAGCUUUCUCUCUAAUUCCUCUGAUCUAAUUCGUAAACUGUCGUUCUCCACUCUCAAACCUGACGUGGUUUUCUGCACAUUUGAACAGGACGCUAUGACACUCAUCAUUGCACCAGAAAAUUCAACUAUAUCGUUUAUAGUUUGACAUUCAAUCGAUCCACGUUUCCAUGCUUUUUUCUUCCAUUGAAAUGUGUUACCUGUCAAAGAAAAUUCUGCU